AGCGUUAGCCUCAUCUGUAUACUCCUACAAGCCCUUUUCUCCUAAGCUGUUUUCUGGAACGAGAUAGAUACAAUGAGGCUCUUACAUUUCAAUUGUAGCUACAGGCUACCACAUCUCCCUGUGAGUGUCAGAGAGAGUGCUGAAGGGAUCUCUUUAGAAACCGGCGACCUUCGUCGCCGGAGAGAGAAGGUCAUAGUGGUUCUAGGAGCAACCGGAACUGGCAAAUCGCGUCUCUCCAUCGACCUUGCCAAGCAUUUCCCGGCGGAGGUCAUCAAUGCGGACAAGAUGCAAGUGUACGAGGGCCUAGAUACCGUGACCAACAAGGUCACGGUUCAGGAGCAGCGGGGCGUGACGCACCACCUUCUGGGUGUGGCGGACCCAGAUGGAGAAUUCUCAGCUUCUGAUUUCCGGGCUCUCGCUUCGGCCUCAAUAGACAGUAUUGUUCGCCGCCGCAGGCUGCCCAUUAUCGCCGGCGGCUCAAAUUCUUACAUCGAGGCGCUUGUUAGCGAUGAGGCUUCCCGCUUCCGUCUUCGGUAUGAUUGCUGCUUCCUAUGGGUGGAUGCAGCCAUGCCGGUGCUCCACACCUUUUUAACGGACCGAGUAGACCGGAUGGUUGAGGCCGGGCUGGUGGAGGAGGUGAGGAAGAUGUUCCACCCAAAGGCUGACUACACGUUGGGACUCAGGAAGGCAAUUGGGGUGCCGGAGAUGGACCAGUACCUAAGGGCCCUGUUUUCCGGCGCUGCUGAUGACCGGACCCUGGCUGCCCUGCUGGAGGCCGGUAUCCAUGACAUCAAGGCCAACACAUGCAAGCUCUCCUGCUGCCAAGUGGGCAAGAUCCACAGGCUUAGGGCCGUCUACGGCUGGGACCUACACCGGCUGGACGCGACCGAGGCCUUAGCCAGCUCCGGCCGUGCCUCCAGAGAUGCAUGGGACCGGCACGUCGCCGGGCCAAGUGUGGGCAUCGUGACCAGGUUCCUCCUCAGGAAUUACGUCCACUCAGGCCUCGUCGGUGCCGGUGCCGGCGCUGCUAUAGCUGCUGCGGCCGCGGCCGCCGCUGCCGGAGCAGUGGAAGCAGCCGCCGCCAUUGGCUGAAAGGCGGCGAACGAGUUGACGCCAGCGGUGGGGCCUGUUCUGCAGAUUGAGGAAGAAGUGAAAGAAGAUGGGAGACAGGAGUCGUGAGAUAUAUUCUGUGGGUUGACCCCACCGGCCACCACCUCCUCCCAUCGAAGAGUCAAGGGGCAUCUUUCACGUGGAACGUUUUACCAUCCUGUGACACGUGUCAGAUUCUCUGAUAAUAAUAAAAAAUAGCAUUAAUAAAUGUGUUUUAUUUUAAAGAGAGUAAUA